AUGGAGACCAUCCGGGAGAAGAUCUCCAAGAGGAAAGAAGAGAGGGGUUUGAACGUCUACUCGGAUUUGAGUGUGAGUUAUCAGGCGAGCAUUGGGUUGGCACCGUUUAAGACCUUGUAUGGCCUACCUUGUAGAUCAUCAGUUUGUUGGACCAAGGUGGGAGAUGCACCAAUGUUGGGCCCGGAGUUAGUUUGCGAGACAAUCGAUAAGGUUGCUCUCAUUCGAAAAAGGUUGGCUACGGCUCAAAGUCGACAGAAGUGUUAUGAUAAUAAGAGAGGAGCACCUCUAUCCUUUGAGGUCGGUGACCACAUAUUUCUUAAAAUCUCACCGAGACGGAGCUUGGUGAGAUUUGGGAAGAGUGGGAAAUUGUUUUCAAGAUUUAUUGGACCUUUUAAGAUUUUAGAGCGAAUUGAGGAAGUGGCAUACCAUUUGGCCUUACUGCCGCAAUUUUUUAGGGUUCAUGAUGUGUUCUAUGUGUCCAUGCUUAGGAAGUACGAAUCUGACCCUUCACAUGUGCUUGAUUGGAUCGAUUUGAAGGUAGAUAAGGACACUUUAUAUGAAGCGCAACUGGUUCAAGAUACCCGACAACAAGUGCUAAAGAGUAAGACCAUACCAUUAGUGAAGAUGUUGCAGAGAUACCACGGUAUUGAGAAAGCAACUUGA